AUGCAAAACUGGAGCCGAAGGUUGAAGCUCGUGGGAAUGACACUGCCUAUCAAGAUUUGGACAGCAUUGCCCCGUCACAUCGGCGAUGGCCUGGGAAGUGGCGCAUCCUUCAGUUUUGCUAUGUGGCUCGAGGCGUACCCAGCUGAAGAGAGAGACCAAGCGAAUCUUUGGGUUGCCACCGGCUACACGCGCUCGCAAUUUCAUUAUGACAAGGAAUGGAAUGUCAACUGCCUCCUAUCUGGACGAAAGAGGUUCAAAUACGACGCAGACCUUCAGUGGUCGAGGGGAAACAAGUUUAAUGCCAAGAAUCCGUUGAACAACGCAUGGACUGAUUGGGUCUAUCUGGAUCCUGAUCGGGUCGACCUGAUUGUCCAGCAUAAGCUUCGGAAGAUGGACUACUACGAGCUGAUCCAGGAAGCAGGCGACUGCAUAUUUAUUCCAUAUGCAAUGCUCCACCAAGUUCAGAAGCUGGAUGACGGCAUGCAGGUUGCAGCUUCCUGGAUGUUCUUGCCAGAGACGAUCUACGAAGAGGAGGUUUGCCAAAGCGCGCCGCUGAAGGAGGAUCUUCCCCUAGCUGCGAUGGACACGUUGUUCAUGUAUACCGGCAAGGGCCUCAUACCUCAGGGGUACCAAGACCCGCUGAACUUCGUCCGAAAGGUCCUAGAGUACAUGCAGAGGCUCUUGGUGCCAGGGUUUAGGAAGCGUUAG